AUGUUCCCCGCAUGGCACUGGCAGACUGGCGCAGUCAUAUUUGGUCUUCUAGGCGUUACAGUCUACUCCUACCGUUCUCGCACAUCUAAAUCCCGUCAACUGCCCCUACCUCCUGGUCCAUCAGAGCCUCCUCUUGGGCGGUAUCCACCCAGGAAGAUUGCUCAGUGGAUAGCAGAAUAUGGACCAGUCAUAUGUCUCAACGAUGGAAAAAAUAUACUAGUCAUCGUCGGACGUCACCAGGAAGCGAUUGACAUCAUGGAGAAGCAGGGCACAUUCCUCGCAGACCGGCCUCCUUCUGUCGCUGGCGGUGACAUUCCUUGGGAGGGGAAUGCGAUUCGUCCAACUUCGCUUUGGAGAAAGGCUCCGCAAAUUUCGCAAGUAGGCAACACAUCUUCGCAUGCGCACCUCCAAGUGAGGACCGCUCAGACUUAUCAGCCGAUACAGCUUGCGCAUGGACGUGAGGUCAUUCUGGACAUACUGCACGAGCCCAAAUUGCACCAGCAGCAUAUCAGGCGUUUCGCAGCAUCUGUAAUUAUGCGUGUCAUCUACGGGAAAACAACCCCUACAUCACUUGAUGACCCGUAUCUACUGCGGCUGCAAAGGAUGAUCCCAAGGGUUCAGAGCGCAAUGUCACCAGGCGCAUACCUCGUUGACAAGUACCCAAUCCUCAAAUAUGUCCCUGGUUAUGGACGAGAUCUGAAGCAGUGGGGACAGGAUGAAUACGAUAUGUUGUCUGGCCAGUUGAAGUGGGUUAAAAGUCAAGUGGAAAGUAACACUGCUCCCCAUUCAGUUACAAAGGAUCUUCUCCUACACCCCGACGAUAACAAACUGUCUGAGGCAGAGAUAGCAUAUCUUACUGGGUCCCUUGUCGGGGCAGGCUUCGAUACGACUGCUGUCGCAACUUCAACGGUGUUAAUGGCUGCUGCACGUUUCCCACACGCACAAGCUCGCGUACACGAGGAGCUGGAAGCUGUGGUUGGCAGAGAGACCCCUCCCACUUUUGAGGACUGGCCGCAGCUUGUUCAGCUUCAAGCUUUCAUUGCGGAAGCUCUUCGAUGGAGGCCUGUUAACCCAACAGGAUUCCCGCACCGUGCAACGAAAGAUAUAAUUUGGAAUGGAAUGUGCAUCCCUACUGGCGCCAUUGUCUCCGGAAGUCAUUGGAGCAUCGGGCGUGACCCCUCUGUCUUCCACGAUCCCGAAGUAUUCAAUCCACAACGAUGGAUCGGUUUAGACGGAGAAAUCAAAGAGGACAUGAAGCUGUUCACUUUUGGUUUUGGAAGACGUGUAUGCCCGGGGAUGCAUAUUGCUAGACGAUCAGUAUACAUCGCUAUCGCUCUUGUGCUCUGGUCCUUCACGGUGGCAGAAGACCCUAGUAGUCCCAUCGACGACACUGCUUUUACCCCUGGUGUGGUAUCACACCAGAUGCCUUUCAGCCUAAUGUUCAAGCCCCGCAUGGAUGAAGCAUUGUUGAGAAACACUUUCUGUUAG